GGAAGGCCAGGCAGCAGAAGGCAAGGAGAGUAGGAAAGGCAAAGGAGAGAUGGGAAAAACCAGAGAAGAGAAGGAAAAAAAUGUAUUCUUCUGGAAAUGAAUGAGAAGUCUGGACGAUGAGGAGAGCAUCUUCCACGGCCCCAGGCAGCUGUGGGAUCUCUUGGAGAGAACAAAAUGCCCUGCAGAACUCCUCCUGCAGGUGCUGGGAAACAUGGUGUGGGCCCACGCCGUGGGAUUUGACCCUCUCUUCCCAUGCUGUGCUGGAUUUCUGUGUUCAAACCACGUGAUGUGUCCUGCAUGUGUUUUCUUGUGGCUGUUUUGUGCUUUUUGCAGGUCCCUAGGGUAGGGUGUGUGCCUGUGGUCUCCUCACCCUGAGGAUGCUGGCAAGGAGCAAUGGUCUGCACAGCUCCCCAGACAACCACCAGCCCAAGGGUGACACGGAGGGGACAGGGCUCAGCACCAGCAGGACCUGCUCAGCCCGGGAUGACACCAGCUCAGAGCUGCAGAGAGGAGCCAGCCUGGAUGGGGGGGAGCAGAGGGCUGACCACGCUUUCCAAGGCCAGGGAGCCUUGGCCAGGAUAGUCCAGCUGGUGCUGGUGCUCAGGAGCUGGGCCAACAAGAGCCUGCAGGAGGAGCAGGAGAGGCCAGACCCCUUCCUGGAGCGUUUUCAAGGCCCCGAGCUCCUGACAGUGGCUGAAGGUGCUGGCGAUGAACUUGAGGAUGAGGAGGCUGAGAAGUUAAAUAAAAGGAGAAAAUGGCAGUUCUUUGUGGUGGACCCUGCGGGGGACGGGUAUUACCACUGGCUGGCUGUGAUUGCAGUUCCUGUCCUCUAUAACUGGUGCUUGCUCGUAGCCAGGGCUUGCUUCACUGACCUGCAAAAGAGCUAUUUUGUGCUGUGGCUGGUGUUGGAUUACAUCUCAGAUGCUCUCUACCUUGGGGACACAGUGAUCCGCCUGCACACAGGGUUCUUGGAACAGGGCCUCCUGGUUAAGGACCUGAAGAAGUUACGGGAUAACUACAUCCACACGCUCCAGUUCAAGCUGGAUGUUCUCUCCACCCUGCCCACAGACCUGGCCUAUUUUUUGGUGGGAUUGCACUGCCCUGAGCUGCGUUUUAACAGGCUGCUGCGCUUCUCCCGCAUGUUUGAGUUCUUCGAUAGGACCGAGACCAGAACCAGCCACCCCAAUAUCUUCCGCAUCAGCAACUUGGUUCUUUACAUCCUGAUUAUCAUCCACUGGAAUGCCUGCAUUUACUAUGCCAUCUCCAAGGCCAUAGGCUUCGGGGAGGACAGCUGGGUCUAUCCCAAUGUCACAGACCCUGAGUACGGGUCUCUGACCCGGGAGUACAUCUACUGCCUUUACUGGUCUACGCUGACUCUGACCACCAUCGGGGAGACCCCUCCCCCUGUGCGGGAUGAAGAGUACCUCUUUGUGAUCUUCGAUUUCCUCGUCGGCGUCCUCAUCUUUGCCACCAUCGUGGGGAACGUGGGCUCCAUGAUAUCCAACAUGAACGCCACCAGGGCGGAGUUCCAGGCCAAAAUCGAUGCCAUCAAGCACUACAUGCAGUUCCGCAAGGUGAGCAAAGACCUGGAAACCAAAGUCAUCAAGUGGUUCGACUACCUGUGGACCAACAAGAAGGCAGUAGAUGAACGGGAGGUCCUCAAGAACCUCCCUGAUAAGUUGAGGGCAGAGAUUGCCAUCAACGUUCACCUGGAGACGCUGAAGAAGGUGAGGAUUUUCCAGAACUGCGAGGCAGGGCUGCUGGUGGAGCUGGUGCUGAAGCUUCGCCCUCAGGUGUUCAGCCCGGGGGAUUACGUGUGCCGCAAAGGGGACAUCGGGAAGGAGAUGUACAUCAUCAAGGAGGGCAAGCUGGCCGUGGUGGCGGAUGAUGGGAUGACACAGUACGCUUUGCUCACUGCAGGGGGCUGCUUUGGUGAGAUCAGCAUCCUCAACAUCAAAGGGAGCAAAAUGGGCAACAGGCGCACAGCCAACAUCCGCAGCUUGGGAUACUCUGAUCUCUUCUGCCUGUCAAAGGAAGAUCUCAUGGAAGUAAUCACAGAGUACCCUGAUGCCAAAAGGAUCUUGGAGGAGCGUGGCAGGGAGAUCCUAAUCAAGGAAGGGCUGCUGGAUGAGUCAGCUGCAGAGGAAAGCACAGAAGGGAAGAGCAUGGAGGAGAGGCUGGACAGGGUGGCCUCAAACCUGGACACGCUGCACACCCGCUUUGGCCGGCUCCUGACUGAAUACAACGAUGCCCAGAUGAAGCUCAAGCAGCGCAUCACUGCUCUGGAGUCCAAGAUGAGGCAGGAGGAAGUGGAGGAUUUCUUCUCUGAUAGCUCAGACAGUCUGUUUGAGGAUGAGGAGAAAGCUUCACCUGGUGGGAUGCAGUGAGGGGGAACAGAGUCAGCUGGAUGAUGUCUGACCUUGUGCUGAGGCAGUGUUUGCUGUUUC